UUAGCCACACUAACGAGACGACUUGGAUUUAUUUGGGGAUUUGUGUCGUGAUUCGCGAUUUAUAUUUUUUAACACAGGUGUAACAGCGUUUUGUGGGAGGAAUAAAUGCCGAACAGGUUUAACGUGGAGACAUGACAAGGACGAGAUGUUCUGCACUAAAGACAACCACAAACAGCCUGAAAGGUAUCAACAAGCUGCUUCUAGCUGUGGGAGCCGGUACCACGUUCUUAUUCAUGCACCUGGCCGUCUCGUAUUUAAAUUUCCCUGGUAAAAUAGUGAACGUUAACAACAGUCUUAGCCUACAAAUGUUGUACAUUGUGACAAACAACGACUUUACGCAUACGUUUACAUCAGAUUCACCAAUAAAAUAUACAAAUAGUUCAACAGUGUCACGUCACACGGAAGCUUUUCAACCAAUCAACGACAACGACGCUUGGGUUUACUCCGCCUACUAUGACGUUAUGAGACCAAACUUAACGGUGAUUAGAGUCAUAGGAAUGGCCUCACGCAACAAUCAUACGGUCUACUGUCACAUGAGCAAGGAUGGAUACACGGCUAUAGGGAAAGGAAAACAUAAGUUUUUAGUAGAAGAUCACUAUAAAGAGUACACAGCGACAAUGUUUGAGUGUUUUGUAGGACCAAAAUUCAAGCCAACCUCCAUCUCUAUCACAUACAAGCCUGACGUCACACCGACCAAUCUUUUAGAGAUUCAGUACCCCAAACAAAGGGAGAGAAACUUUACAGUGUGUUACCCCGCUUUGUAUGGUUACAAUAACAUCUCUAGAAUUAUUCAGGCCAUCGAGAUCAACAGAGUCCUUGGCGCCCAGCAUUUCUUCAUCUACAACUACAGCAUCUCUCGGGAAAUGGAUGCAGUGCUGCGUCACUAUCAGGGUGAAGGCGUCCUCACAGUCCUGCAAUGGCCGCUACCGUUAUCAGAUGUAAAGGGUAUCUGGUACUAUGGGGAAGUGGUCGCCAUCAACGACUGUGUUUACCGCAACAAAUUCGUAUCCCAGUACGUGGUCAUACAUGACAUUGACGAGUUCAUCAUACCAAACCAUCACAUGACCUGGUCAGACCUGAUCGAGGCUGCUGAACUUGAAUAUUUAGGUCGUCACAAUAUCUGGAACAGACCUAUAGGAUCGUUCACAUUUGAAUCCGCUUAUUUCAAGACUUUAUGGAACGCCAGAUUGUGGGAACAGAUCAAGAAAAAUUUCUCCAUCACAACAGAUGAGGAAAUUUUUUUCAAAAAAUAUUUUGUAUUUCCUUUUUACCAGGUCGUAAGACAAUCCAGCGUUUAUAAAUUUCACAAGAGAACAAAAACCAUUGUGAGGCCUGAACACAUCCUGGUGAGCGGUAUCCACUAUACCCACGCGCACAGGGGCACAGCCAACUAUACCGUGGUCAGCAACGAUAUGGCCAUUGUACACCACUACAGGAAAAAUAAACUUUGCAACUUCACUGACACGUCAGCACUUAGAUUUAAACAACUGGCCUACCCCUUGUUGACUGCUAGCUUCGAAAAAUUUUCUCACCUGCUAAAACAAAAUAACCAGCCGCAAUGGCCAAUAACGUUUCGUAAAAUCCACUUUUAAAUGACAGAAAUUACCAUAAAUACUGCAUAAUCUCCUUAGUUUUUAAUAUAAUUAUAUAUCUAUUUAUACAUGUAUAUAUAAGAGGCUAUUUAAUCUUUCUACGUGAGUAAAACAUUCGUGAUAAUACUCUUCUUUAAUUUAUGGUUCUAUGAUGCAAAUGUCUUAGAAUGUUAUUAUCUUUUAAUUUUUUAAAAACAUUUAGCUAGA